GCCACAUCAGUUUCUUUGCAGCACUCUCUGUUUUGGAUUGGUAACAUUGUGAUAAACUAACAGUGGUGAGUCCAGUUCGUCUUGGAUAUGAAGCUCCGGAUGACCCCGAGGUCACCCCUAUUAAGGAUGUGCUGGGAUUUUACGGCACAGUGCAAGAUAUGGACUGGACUUCAUGCAAAUAAGAAUGAUGCACGUCAAAAUCCGUUCCAAAUUCGCCCACAUGGAACGGACACGUCAAUUAUCCGCCCUCUGACUCUCAACAAUGUAGAAAAGUUCCUUCAGACAUACGAUACUUUCAUGUUGGAUUGUGACGGGACACUGUAUGGUACGGAUCAUGUGAGCAGUAUACCAAAUGUGCCGGAGGCAAUAUCUAAAUUACGGAAUAUCGGCAAGCAUCUGUUAUAUGUGACAAAUAACAGUAUGCAUUCAAACGAAAGAUAUGUCAAUAAAUUCAGAGAAGUUGGAUUUGAAGCACAUGAAUCCGAUAUUUUUGGUGUGGCAAAUGCAGCUGCAGUGUAUUUGCGAGACAUUGCUAAUAUUGAUGGAAAGGUAUACCUUGUUGGCGGGCAGGGUAUGAAACAAGAACUAGACAAACACCAUCUUGUGAAUUUCGGAGUUGGACCAGAUCCAGACCAGGCAUCCUGGGACCCAAAGCAAUUACUUCAGAUGGAAUUUAGAGACAAUGUAGAAGCAGUAUUAGUUGGUUUUGAUGAACACUUUCACUACAAUAAGAUCUAUAAAGCUGUGAGCUAUCUUUGUAAUCCAAAUUGUCUCUUUGUAGCCACCAAUAUAGUGGAAACAAAUGUUAAGAUAGGAGAGGGACGCAUGCAGCCCACCACAGGUGCCUUGAUACAGGCAAUAUCUGUACCAGCAAAACGUGAACCAUUAGUGAUCGGUAAGCCAGGCACACUUUUACUUGAUUGUAUCAGACAUAAGCAUCCCAGUAUCGACCUCAAACGAACAGUGUUCAUUGGUGAUGGCCUCCGAUCUGACAUUGCUUUCGCAAACAACAUUGGUGUUGACUCUGUCCUGGUGCUCACAGGGUCUGGAGCCCUAGACAAAAUAGAUAGCCCAGAGGUCACACCGACAUAUGUAAUGGACUCUUUUGAACUGUUUGCAAACAUAUGAUUAAGUAUGUUUCAAGAGUUAUGCAAUAAUGCUGAAUUUUGUGUUCCUUCAAAAGUCACCACAAUUGGUACUGACAUGCAUGCAGACGUAUUGAAAAAAAUUCCCAAAAAACCGAAAUUAAAGAUAUUAAUAAAAAAAAGAUAGAAAAUAAAAACAUGGAUAUUUGAAUAAACUCUAUGAAAAUCAAUGGAAUCAUUUACAUAUA